CAGAUCCGGGACAUCAUGCAGGCUUUGCUUGUCAGGCCUUUGGGGAAGGAGCAUACCGUGUCCCGGUUGCUGCGGGUUAUGCAGUGUCUGUCGCGCAUUGAAGAAGGGGAAAAUUUAGACUGUUCUUUUGAUAUGGAGGCUGAACUCACUCCACUGGAAUCAGCUAUCAAUGUGCUGGAGAUGAUUAAAACAGAAUUUACACUGACAGAAGCAGUGGUGGAAUCCAGUCGAAAACUGGUCAAGGAGGCUGCUGUCAUUAUUUGUAUCAAAAACAAAGAAUUUGAAAAGGCUUCGAAAAUUUUGAAGAAACAUAUGUCUAAGGACCCCACAACGCAGAAACUGAGAAGUGAUCUCUUGAACAUCAUCCGAGAAAAGAACUUGGCCCACCCUGUUAUCCAGAACUUUUCUUACGAGAUCUUCCAACAGAAAAUGCUGCGCUUCCUGGAGAGCCACCUGGACGACACAGAGCCCUACCUCCUCACGAUGGCAAAAAAGGCUUUAAAAUCUGAGUCUGCUGCCUCAAGUACAAUGAAGGAAGAUAAACAGCCAGCACCAGAGCCCGUGGAAAAGCCACUAAGAGAACCUGCCCGGCAACUUCGGAAUACUCCAACUACCAUUGGAAUUAAGACUCUGAAGGCAGCUUUCAAGGCUCUGUCCAGAGCACAGGAUUCUGAGGCAGCCUUUGCAAAACUGGACCAGAAAGAUCUGGUACUUCCUAAUCAAGCGCCCCCACCAUCACCAGCCCUAAAAAACAAGAGACCAAGAAAAGAUGAAAAUGAAAAUUCAGCCCCCGCAGAGGGUGAGGGCAGCUCAGAACUGGAGCCCAAGAACAAGCGCAUGACAAUAAGCAGAUUGGUUUUGGAAGAGGACAGCCAGAGUACUGAGCCAACCCCAGGCCUCAACUCCUCCCAGGAGGUCGUCCCAGCCUCACCAUCCAAGCCCACCGUUCUCAAUCAACCCCUUCCUGGGGAGAAGAAUCUCAAGCUAUCCAAAGGCAAGUGGAACAACUCUAAUGGGGUUGAAGAAAAAGAAACUUGGGUGGAAGAGGACGAACUGUUUCAAGUUCAGGCAGCACCAGAUGAAGACAGUGUAACCAGUGUAGCAAGAAAACAGAAGUGGACUGUAGAAGAAAGCGAGUGGGUCAAGGCUGGAGUGCAGAAAUACGGGGAAGGAAACUGGGUUGCCAUUUCUAAAAAUUACCCAUUUGUUAACCGAACAGCUGUGAUGAUUAAGGAUCGCUGGCGGACCAUGAAAAAACUUGGCAUAAACUGAAACAGGCUUUCAUUUCUACAGAAUUCACAGGAGCAUGGUUCCUAGUAAUAGCCCCUGGUAGUCUGCUGUUCCUUUCAGAAGCUGGGCUGGGAUGAGAAUUUUGGAUAACCUCUUUCGAUGUGGGGGAGGUCUCAGUUCUACUUCAUCACUGUUGGAGAUCAUGGAGUUAAGAAACAAAGCCAAGCCCACUCCAUGUCCUUGGCAAGGAUGACAGGCACACAUCUUGUACAGUGCCAGAAUAUUAUUAGUGUUUCCCUUCUUUAGUGGUUUGCUUAAAUUUAAAUCCCCAGUAAUCUGUAGAAUCUUCUAGGAAAUGGUGGAGUCUACUAGGAGCCAUUUAUGACUCCAUAACCUGUUAAAACCAGCAAAAUGAGCAUUAUUUGGAGUGAACUUGUUCUACACAAAGUUUUGGCCCUCUAAUGCAAAUGCCAAGAAACUUCAUCAGUAAUGAACACAGGGUGGGGAAAGAACAGUCCUUGUGGAAUCUAGUUCCCUCUAAAUACUGUUUAGCCAAUUGUGACAUGACCCCUAGACCUGACUGCAUUCGCUCUUUUCUGCUGGGCUAAGUAGGCAGGUUUAUCCUCCACUUCUCAUGUGGUUGAACCAGUGUGUUUUUUGGUAAAAAUGGUGAUUGUAGAUAAGCUUAGUGCCCCCUUCCCCAGUUCCUUUCUCAGUUCCCUUCCUUAUGCUGGACUUUUAAAGCUUAAAAAAAAUCUGGAUUGAACAUAAAUGCCUAAUUCCGUUCUUUGUGAAACAGUUGCUUCUGCCUGGUCCCUAAUUGUGCUGUGUUAGUGUCUUGCACCAGAAUUCAACAUUCCCUUCUCCUUUUGUAUUGUGUUGUGCUUGCUGUCUCUCUUGGAAACCCUUAAAGACUGUCUUUUUAGAAAAAAAAUUCAGUAAAGUGUUUUCUGUAAUCUUUUUUUAAAAUAUGAGAACUAAUUAUUGUCCAUACUUGUAGCAUUCUUCAUUAAAGUCUUGCUUCUCUCAAA